GGCAACAAGGAGAAAUCAAGCACUGGAGUUAGAGGCACCAAAGCAAGCAGACAUUUGAUGGUGGAUUUGAUCAACACGUCAUCACAAACUUUCGGAAUUUGCUGAAGGAUGGAGUGGUACGUGCUGGUGCUGAUGCUGAGCUUGCCCCACUCCAUGCACGCACAUUGUUCUUCGCAGUGUCACAAAUGCUUGCAGAAUAUCUUCAAGCCCAAUGGCGCCUACAGGAGCUUGUGGUGCGGGUUGUUGUGUGAGGAUGAGCCGUCGCUGUGUGAACGCGUUGCGGGUCUGGAGGAGGUGAGACACGAAGAUGAGAAGGAGCAAGAGGAUGAAGAAGAUGGGGCCAGCAAACAAGCCGACGCGCAGUUCCUGAAGAAGCUGGACCAGACCAUCAAGGACCUACUGUCCUCCCCUUGGCGGGACAAGCACGUUGCGGAGAUAGUGGCGGACUUAUCGAAGAAGACCGGGGAGAGAGGAAAUGAUGUGCCGGCAGAAGAAGCGGAGAACAACCCGGAGGGAAACGCGCUGCGCGCCUAUGACCACGUGAAACGUUACGGCGGCUUUUUACGCAAGUUUGGCCCUAAAUCCAAGAGAAGCGAAUCCGAGGAACCCGAGGAGCUUCAGAAGCGCUACGGGGGCUUCAUGAGGCGCAUCAGACCCAAACUGAACAACAUCAAGUGGGACAAGCGCUACGGGGGCUUCCUGCGUCGCCACUUCAAAAUCUCGGUGCGCUCCGCCGAGGAUCCUUUCUCGUCCUACUACGACGACCUGAGUGGAGAAAUGAGAUGAACUGCGUAAAGCGCAAUGAACGCUCACUGCAGCUUUACUUCAUCUUCUAUUUAAGCCCAAAUCAUGCCUGCUGUACUUGCUGCCUUCUUGUCUG